UACUCUGCCAUUGGCCACUCUUUGAACAGUUUUGUCUGGCUCGCUGCGUUCGCUGCGGAAUCCGGAGAGGCUUGAGUGCGCGCCUGCUGCUGUAAAGCCCGUUUUCUUCCACUUGGCGGUGACGCAAGUUCGCAACAACUUGGCAAGCAAGAUGAAGGAAGGUGAUGCAAAGCCUGAUUUGGAGGCGUCUCUGCCCGCUGCGCAGGGCGACUGUGCCAUCCGGUGCCGAGAUGUAUGCAGGUCGUACGGCAAACUGAAGGUCCUCAGCAACCUGAACCUAACGGUACCACAGGGACAGAUUUACGGGCUCCUCGGGCCCAGCGGAUGUGGAAAGACGACACUUCUAAAAUGCAUCGUUGGAACUCUGAAAAUAUCGAAGGGUCACAUCACCGUGUUGGGAAAACCACCUGCAUUUCCAGGUCACGAGAUUCCAGGGAAGAUGGUUGGGUACAUGCCACAGGAUUUGGCUCUGUACAACGAGUUCACCAUCAGCGACACCCUGAUCUUCUUCAGCCGAAUCCACGGCCUCACGUGGAAGGAAACCCAGGCCCGCAUGAACUUCCUCAUCGAGUUCCUGGAUCUACCUCAGAAGCAAAGCAUCGUCCGAAACCUCAGCGGGGGCCAGCGACGAAGGGUGUCCCUUGGUGCUGCUCUGCUGCAGAACCCUGAGCUGCUCAUCCUGGACGAACCCACGGUCGGAGUGGACCCCGUCCUCAGAUCCAAGAUCUGGCAGCAUUUGGUGGAGAUUGUGAAGACGGGAAAAGUCUCCAUCAUCAUCACCACGCACUACAUAGAGGAGGCCAGGCAAGCCAACGUGGUAGGUCUCAUGCGAAAUGGAAAUUUGUUGGCAGAAAGUCCUCCGGAUACAGUUAUGAAGCUGCACAGUUCCACAACCCUGGAGCAUGCCUUCCUGCAGCUGUGCGAGUCUUCGGACCAGAAUGGCUUGAAGCAGGGGACCAGUCCACAGGGAGGACCGCUGGAAAACAGCCAGUCGUUUGACAGCAGCCGGGACGAGGGUCUGCCAAUUCUCAGUAGGGAAGCUGUGGAAGUUCCCAAAUGUACAGCGGACUGGAAGAUGCGAGCCAAACACAUGCUGCCAAAGCCGAGAAUCAUCGCUGCGCUCUUUAUCAAAACAAUGCUGCGGAUGAAGAGGAUGCCGGGCUCGCUGUGUUUCCAGUUCCUGCUGCCUGUCAUCCAGAUCUCCCUGAUCUGUUUGUGUGUUGGAGGAGAUCCAAGGGGAAUCCAGGUUGCCGUGGUGAAUAACGAGACCUCCCCCUCUUCCUACAGCAAAGCUCUGCUCGCCAUCCUGGACAACUCCAGCAUAAUGCAGGUGCCCUUGUCCCACGAUAAGGCUUUUGAAGGAGUCUAUAAAGGAGAUUACUGGGGUGUCCUCGGCUUCGGAGAGAACUUCACCAGCUACCUGAAUAAACGGAUGGUCCAGAAGACCGUCUCCAGGGCGGUGGUCGAUGGAGGAUCAGUACACGUUUGGCUGGACCAGACAAAUCAACAAAUUGCUCUCAUGCUACAGAAGAAACUACACGAAGCAUUUCAGACUUUUGCGGCCAGUAAAUUGGGGAGUAUGUCGUACAUUGCUGACUUGCCAAUAAAGAUUGAGGAGCCAAUCUACGGCAGUCAAAACAAAGACUUCUCUACAUUUGUGACACCUGGAGCUGUGCUUAGUAUCACCUUCUACCUGGCUGUGGGCCUGACGGCUCUGUCCUUUGUCCUGGAGAGGAAGGAGGGGCUGCUGGACAGGUGCUGGGUCGCAGGUGUGAGCUCCGUGGAGACGAUGCUGGCUCACCUCUUCUCUCAGCUGGUCGUCAUCAGCGUUCAGAUCUGCCUGAUGCUCAUCUUCAUCCUGCUCGUCUUCAAGAUGCCCAACGAAGGCUCCUUGAUGCUCGUGAUAUCUCUGAUCGUGAUGCAGGGCGUCACCGGCAUCUCGUUUGGCCUCGUCAUCUCUGCAGCGAUGGACGAUGAGCAGAGCGCCAACCAGGCCGCCCUGGGCGUCUUCUACCCCAACCUCAUCCUCAGCGGUAUCAUCUGGCCGGUGGAGUGUAUCCCGUAUCCUCUCCGUUACCUCAGCCUGGCUCUUCCUCAGACUUACGCCUCCGAGGCCCUUCGCUGCAUCAUGUACAGAGGCUGGGGACUUUCUCAGAUGUUAGUGUGGCGAGGCUUCGCCAUCACCCUGGGCUGGAACAGUUUCUUCCUCAUCCUGGCAACGGUCAUCUUAAAGCUGAGGACGUGAAGGACGACCUGAGAGGACAUCCUCCGGAGCGGAGAUGGAGCCAUCAGGUGAAAUGCAGGAGCCAAUAAUUCACCUGGAGCAGCUAUCUGUGGAUGCACUGAGACGACAGAAAUCAAGGGGGGAAGAGGCUCUCUGUGGUUUAACGGACUGGUGCAUCAGUCUCCCUCCUCUAGAUUAUCUUGCUCUCACAAACACAGAUUGCACAACUUGCACACACACACACACACACACACACACACACACACACGGACACACACACACACACUUCACACAGCUGUCUGGUCCUGCAACAGUCGCUUUGCUUUGUUCAAAGGGUAAUUUCAAGAAGCUGCAUGUAUAAGAUUUCCUCCUGGAUAAUAUGACAUCAUUUGUUAAGUAGUGGACAUAAACUCUUGAGAAUGUGUAGUCUUAUCACUGGUUUUAUUUCUGUCUGCAACUUCUUGAAACUUUUCACCCCCUGAAUGGCCAUAAACCAGCUCAGGCUCUUUUUUUUUUUUUAUCUCUGUUUACCAUUAUUUCUAAUUAUUAUAGAGAGAUUUUCACUUUUAUUUACACUUUAUUUUGCAAGACAUGAAGCCUGAGCAGUCCAUUUUGGAUAAAAAGAGACCAAAAAAGUAGAUAAGUAUCAGGAUGAUUACAAGUACAGGACACUAUCAGGUUUUGUUUAUAUGGUAUUUGCUGUCUGCUUUAAAAUGAAGAAAAUAGAAGAAGAAAAUUAAGCUUAAAUUUAAAGAAUAUUAUCAUUGCACAAAAAAAAAGUUUUUGCCUGAAAGAAAGUAUAAUGUACAAUUUCAAAGCAGAAAAAUAGAGAAAAAGAUUAUUGCACAACAUUGUGGGAAUGCAGAGAUGAUUGCCUCAUAUUACUCGGAAAUCUCACCCAUUAAGCCCUCCAUCAGCAUUUCUCUCUUUGCUUGCUUGUGAUAUUUGUGUUUAGUUCAACAUCCUGUCUUGUUGUGACAGGAAGUGGUAACUGUGAUUCAAACUCGCUAUGUUACCAGGUGCUCAUUGUCACAGUUUUUAAGUUCAGAUUGAUGAUGUUCUCCAUGACUUUGUGCCUGCAUCUCAAGUGGGAGACUGUUGGUGACGGGAACAUUUCUAUUCUGUAUCUUUAUAUCUCUGAUUACGCUCCACUUUGCUGGACGGAGUGGAGGCAGUCGGACGGAUUUCUGCUCAGAUCCGGUCUAUUUUACUGCUAGAACUGUCUGCAUCCAUGCAAUUGUAUUUUAUUACACAAAAGUGUUAAAAAAAAUAAACAGACAACAACAAAUCUUAUGAUUUUUACUCCAAAAAUAACAGAUCAUUCAACAUGUCAUGGAGAUGGUGUCAGCCCUAUGAAAGAACUGUGCAGGCUGUGGCUGUUGUUUGAAGUUAAAAAACCUUAUUUUGAUGGGCACAUAAUUUCAAAUGAAGAACACAUCUCUAAUUACUCUUAUAUGCCCCUCGACAUGUAUCUGUGGAUGUUUUUAUAAGUGGGAUUAUUUUUUUUUGUCAACAUUUUUUCACUGUGCAUUAUGAAUCAUACAGUAAUGUCGAAAAAUAAAAUACACGAAAAUAGAAAAAGGCUAAAUCAAUCAUAUUAUUGAAAAAAAACAACCUGUUUCUUUCUUUUUGCACAUCUCCUCUACAAAAACAGGACGUGUGUCUCUCACCAGAGAGGUGUCUGCUGUAACAACAUAUUUCCUGUCUUUGAAGGAAAGGUUGACAUGAGAUGGGGUAUAAAUCUUCUCAGCACUCUUUUUUUAGCAUUAAAAGUAAAGACCUUUGACAAAUGUUUAAAAAAAGCAGCAGCACUGUGCCAGAGGAAGAUUUGAAAUGUUUACAUUUAACAAUGCUGAAUAAAUCACAUUAUCUUUCUUUUUCUUUUUUAACUCAGCAGUAUAUUUAAACACAUGUCCCUCACACGCUCGGUGUUUUGUUUAGAUGUGUUGUGAAUGUUCCCCCUCUGGUAGGCGUGAUGGCUCGGAGACUUUCCUGCAUUGUAAAUCUGCAGGCGCUGCUCUGCUUCCUCCUCCGUGUCCCUGCAGCAUACUUUUGAGGGACAUCGUGUUCUUGUUUGGUAGAAAUAGUGAACUGUGACCGCCUGCUCAUACAGAAUGAUCAGCCUUCCCCUGAAUUAAUAAAUACUAUAGCUCUGUUAAUAUGCUUAACUCAAAAGAAAGUUGAAGUUGGACCCCCUGUUGUGUUGGGGCAACCUUUGUACCUCACUAAUUACCACCACAUUCUGAUCUAUCUUUAUUAAAUACAAUUAAAGUGGUGGAACCUUCUUUAGCUUGGUUAAGUUACAGUUUAUGUGGAAGUGUGGGCUUUAUUUAAUUAUUUUAUUUUACUUUACUUUCUUUUUUUGUUGAUGUUUUUGACAUUUUAUUGGUCAUUUGAGUUAUCAUUGCCAAGAAAAAAAAAAUCCAUGACUACUGAUGUUUAUUUAAAAUGUGCUCCACUUCCAAGUAAUAGUGUCACCUUCAGGAUUGACACGUACACGUUCUCAUGUUCCACUGACGAAACCAGCUAACGUAUAAAAACACACACACAGGACUUUAGAAGACUGCAAGAGGACAAGAACUGCAAAUACCCCACUAAAGACGUUGCUCCAGAAGAGCAGUGGGGGCUCUCAAUGUUUGGUUGCCAAUUCUUGUUUAAAAUAUGAUCUUUUUCAGCUGGAAUGUUGCAGUAUGUGUAAACAUUGGUGUGUUGCCAGGACGAAGCACACACACACACACACACACUGUGAUCCAAACUCCAGUUGACUACCUCUGCCAUCUCUCCCUAAAGGGCAUGUGAAGCAUUUACACUCCCGUGUUGUGACUUGUGUGCACUGUGAUAGCAGAUAUGCUUCAAUGAAGUUCUAUUCAUUUAUUCUCGUAUAUUAAACUUUGAU